AAACCAAAAAUUGUUAUUUUGAUAGGUGAAAUUAAAUUUUUUUAGUUUAAAUUCAUCAGUGGUUUUUUUUGUUCUAACUGAAUAUAAUUUAAUGUCGUAAAACUAGUGACUAUAAUUUCCUCCACGAAUUAAUUCUUUACCAUUUAUAAAGGUAGAAAUAAGUAUAAGACCAAGGUACAUACGGUCCAAGGCACAACACUCUCCCCUGCUAUAUAACUAAAUACAAUUUGUUAAAAAUGUAAUUGUUUUUUUGUUAGUUGUUUUUGAUAGUUUAAAUCAAACUGCCAUGAAAAACUGUAUUGUUGAAUAUGAUGAGCAAGACGAAUCAACGAUUGUAACUCCUGAUUCAGCUCAGAUUCCAAAUUAUCAACCUGAAACUCCUGUGUCAACUUUGAAAACUAACUUUGGUAAAAGAAAACUGGUUCAAAAUCAAAACAAUAUGGCUAAAAAAACUUUAAGAACCCAAUUGGGAGAUGCAAGAGACACAUUCACUAAGUUAGCUGAAAGAAAUGCACAACAUAUGGAUAAUAUUAGUCCAUCUAUUUCCCAGUUGGCAAGUACAAAGAAUAAAAUGGCUGAAAAUGAUGAGCGAAGACUAACAAACGAAGAAAAUAUGGUGUCCGUUAUAAAACUGUUAAUUGAAAAAAUGUAGUUCCUUAAUGUAAACAGAUAUCUAUCUAUAUAUACAUAUCUGUAUUGUUAUUAUUUUGUUUGCUUCAGAAGUUUAUUUAUUUUAUU